AUGAGUAAGAUUUCGACAUAUAACUGUAUUCUACUUGUAUCCUCCACACUACUUUUAUUCAGCAUACCAUCCUACGUUGUUGAAGCCUUGAUACCAACGCCGCGAUAUAACGGAGGAUGCGCGCUCCUCAACCAGCAUAUUUACUGUUAUGGUGGCACUGUUAAUCGACAACCUUCUACGGACCAUUACGUUUUUGAUCUUUCUAAUGAUUUUACUAUUGACAGUAAAACAAUUGAUUCUUGGGCAUCAGCAGCUGAUUCAACUAACUCAUAUCAGCUUGAGCCCAACAGCUUAUUCUGCAUGACUGCUUUAAACGACAAUACAGGGUAUUUGAUCCACGGUGGUCUAGGAUAUGCAUCUUCUACACAGUUUCUGAAAAAUACAACAGCUAUCUAUAAUACAACAAUUUUAUCGUGGCAGCCACUACAGCAGCAGAUAAUGAAUCAAUCACAAAUAAUAUCCAGUCGUGAAGGAUCAUGUACGUUAGAUAGAAUAAACCGAUUAUGGAUCUGGGGAGGUAUAAGGUCAGUGAGAUAUACAAAACACCUAUAUCUUAAUACGCUCACUUGGUCUACUCUUGCAAAGAACACGAAUGCGACAACAGCCAUCAAACCUCGGUUAGCUCACACUGCCACACUUAACGAAAAGACGGACCAAUCCAUCUAUUACAUCGGUGGAUUACAAAACGACGGGGAACAUUUAUUACCAUCUCCUAUGAAUGAAAUUCUAGAGUACCAGAUACAAAAUGAUAGGUGGAUCACGCAUCGCUCACCUUUAAAUACAACUGUUCCUUCUUCGCGAAGACUACAUACAGCAACAUGGGUCCCUAACUCGGAGGAUUUGAUAUUUGUUUUUGGAGGCUCAGUAAUAGACGGCUCAUCUACCGUAGCGGAUUAUAGUUAUUUACUGAAUAUAACCUCAUUCGAAUGGACACCUGUCAAUCUGACAAAUACAGCUGCAACGGGUGCAGGCUCAAGAUUCGGGCAUUCUGCUGUGCUGCAUAAAAACAAUUCCUUGUUCAUCCUUUUCGGUGCAGAUCAGCUUAGUAACUUGAGAAACGACUUUUUUGUGAUUGACAUGUCCCACUGGCAAACAGUAACUGACUUCAAAGUGAAUGGUGAAUACGCUCUCAUCCCAGUUAACAAUAAUACCAGUAGUGCACCUUCUUCUACUAUCGUCAAUAAUGGAGCUUCUUCUUCUCGUACGAAAAUCACUUCUCUCGCUGCUACUUCAACCAGUACGAUAAACAUGUGUUUCGGUCUAAGUUUCUUCUCAGCUAUAUUGAUAUCAUUUUUGUUCAAGUACUAGAAUUCAGCUUUGUACAAUAAUGAUCGACCCCUUUUGCCCAAUCGCUUUAAUCGAUUUUUACUCUUAUUCUAUCCAUUUUUUUUACUACAUAAUUAUAUUCUUUAAUGCCCCUUCCCAUAUGAAAGAAAAGUUAAAAGCAGCAAAUAAUAUUCUUUAAGAAA